CUUGGAGCUGAUGGGGUAUAAAAACAUGCAGAACAGACAUUGAGCAUCAUACAACUCACAAUGAAUCCCAAGUGCGAAGUCCUCAUUGCCGCCGUGCUUUUCCUGCUGCUGGCUUGUGUUCAGGGUCAACUGACUUUCUCGCCUGACUGGGGAAAGCGAUCGGUUGGAGGAGCAGGUCCUGGAUCCUUUUUCGAAUCCCAGCAAGGCAACUGCAAGACCUCCAACGAGAUGCUCCUCGAGAUCUUUCGGUUCGUCCAAUCGCAGGCCCAGCUCUUCCUCGACUGCAAGCACCGGGAGUAGAAGUAGGCUAUAUCCUAUCCAGAUCCCGAUUCGGAUCUCGGACGAUGUCUAGCACGCACACACAUACACUAUCUAUAUAUACCCAUAUAUAUAUAUACACCACGUUAUCAAGGUAGUCGUAGUCGGCAUUUAGAUUUAAUGGAACUUUUCUUUCCCAACAAUAAAUAAGCGCAUCCAAAAUGUA